GUCCGAUGGGUUCUUAUGGCCAAAAUUGUUCCAAGGCAUGCAUAAAACCGAAGUUUGGCUGGCUCUGCUACUACACAUGCGAAUGUGAUAUUGAUGAAUGUGACAUUGUAAAGGGAUGUCUAAACGAGAGUGAUUUCAGCACCUUGUUACCUGACAGUACAACCAUCACACCAAUAUACGUGUCACCAGCAUCAAGACAAGACCCGAAAUUCCUUAAUGAUCAGUCAACUAAAACAUCUCAAAAUACACCGGCACUUCCGAUGACAGAAAGUAACAUGGUUAUUGUGCUUACCAUUUCUAUAGCGUCGGGUGUUGUAGUCAUAUGGAUUGUAGCAUUUGCAAUUUUUUGCUGCAUUUCUCGAAAGAAAGUAUCAUUUUUUAAUCACAAGACAGAAAGAUCGGGACCUGAUACGAACGAUGUUGCUGCAAGGACUCACAGAAACCAAGAAGUUGACAUUUACAUGGAAAUUGAAGAAACCCCAGAUAUUUCAAGAGAAGGAGAUAUUGAUACUCCAGACGAGACCAUGACGAGAACAAGUUAUGAUCAGUUAUCUAAAUCAGUAUCAGACUCCUCUAAAUAUCAUGAAAUCGGUAAAUAUUACACUGAUAUUGAGAAAUAUAAGACAUUUACAUCUCACAAGGUUUUGCACAACCAGGUGAAAUUAAAGCGUCACUUCUCAUGGCACCAUGCAUUGGACACCUCAAGCGUAUCAAGUUCCCCAAAGAAAGCCAACAGUUACAUUGACAUAUGUGAAGACGAUACUUAUUUACAGGCUGUUUAUGCUUUAAAAGAUAUUGUAGAUUGUAGGAAAUAUAUAUAUGCUAAUAUGUCUUCUUGCCAUAACUUGAGCUUUAAUUUAAAUUCUAAUGUAGACCAGUCUAGACCAAAACUUGCAGAAUCAUAUGAUGAUUUUAUAGCAAUUCUUAAUUAA